GUCAGGGGGGCAGCAGGUCCAGAGCGGCCGGCGCUCCCCUUCCCUGACCCGCGCCCUAUUCCAGUGGAGCCGGAGCCCGAGCGCGGGCGCGCCCCCAACCCGCCCUCACCAUGGUGCUGUUGGCAGCAGCAGUUUGCACGAAAGCUGGAAAGGCCAUUGUUUCCCGACAGUUUGUGGAGAUGACCCGAACUCGGAUUGAGGGCUUAUUAGCAGCUUUUCCGAAGCUCAUGAACACUGGAAAACAGCAUACGUUUGUUGAAACAGAGAGUGUCAGAUAUGUCUACCAGCCUAUGGAAAAACUGUACAUGGUACUGAUUACCACCAAAAACAGCAACAUUUUAGAAGAUUUAGAAACCUUGAGACUCUUCUCAAGAGUGAUCCCUGAGUAUUGCCGAGCCUUAGAGGAGAAUGAAAUAUCUGAGCACUGUUUUGACUUGAUUUUUGCUUUUGAUGAAAUUGUCGCCCUGGGAUACCGGGAAAAUGUUAACCUGGCACAGAUAAGAACCUUCACAGAAAUGGAUUCUCAUGAGGAGAAAGUGUUCAGAGCAGUCAGAGAGACUCAAGAACGUGAAGCUAAGGCCGAGAUGAGGCGUAAAGCAAAGGAAUUACAACAGGCCCGAAGAGAUGCAGAAAGACAGGGCAAAAAAGCACCAGGAUUUGGGGGAUUUGGCAGCUCUACAGUAUCUGGAGGCAGCACAGCAGCCAUGAUCACAGAGACCAUCAUUGAAACUGAUAAACCAAAAGUGGCACCUGCACCAGCCAGGCCUUCAGGCCCCAGCAAGGCUUUGAAACUUGGAGCCAAAGGAAAGGAAGUAGAUAACUUCGUGGACAAAUUGAAAUCUGAAGGUGAAACUAUCAUGUCCUCCAAUGUGGGCAAGCGUACCUCUGAAGCAACCAAAGCUCAUACUCCACCUAUUAAUAUAGAAAGUGUGCAUAUGAAGAUUGAAGAAAAGAUCACACUGACCUGUGGACGUGAUGGAGGGUUGCAGAACAUGGAGCUUCACGGAAUGAUUAUGCUCAGGAUCUCAGAUGACAAGUUUGGCCGAAUUCGUCUUCACGUGGAGAAUGAAGAUAAGAAAGGGGUACAGCUACAGACCCAUCCAAAUGUAGAUAAAAAACUUUUCACAGCAGAGUCUCUAAUUGGCUUGAAGAAUCCAGAGAAGUCAUUUCCCGUCAACAGCGAUGUAGGGGUGCUAAAGUGGAGACUACAGACCACAGAGGAGUCUUUUAUUCCACUGACAAUUAAUUGCUGGCCCUCGGAGAGUGGAAGCGGCUGCGAUGUCAACAUAGAAUAUGAGCUACAGGAAGAUAACUUAGAGCUCAACGAUGUGGUUAUCACCAUCCCACUCCCGUCUGGCGUUGGUGCUCCUGUGAUAGGCGAGAUCGACGGGGAGUAUCGGCAUGACAGUCGACGGAACACCUUGGAGUGGUGCCUACCAGUGAUCGAUGCCAAAAACAAGAGUGGCAGUCUAGAGUUUAGCAUUGCUGGGCAGCCCAACGACUUCUUCCCUGUUCAGGUUUCCUUCAUCUCCAAAAAGAAUUACUGUAACAUACAGGUUACCAAAGUGACCCAGGUAGAUGGAAACAGCCCCGUCAGGUUUUCCACAGAGACCACUUUCCUAGUGGAUAAGUAUGAAAUCCUGUAAUACCAAGAAGAGGGAAUGGAAAAGGAAAAAAAUUCAAAUUAAAAAAGAAGAAGCCCACAGUGGCUGAAGAGUUGUUUUCCUUCCAAAUUUACAAGCCAUUGGAGACCCUUUUUUUCUGAUACAGUGCACGAUUCUCUGCGCGCAAGGACCCUCAACUCACCCCUGGUGUUUCAGUGUCACAGAGACAUUUUUGACAAAGAAAUGACACAAACAUAAGGGAAAGGCUGCUGAUUUCUUUGGCAGAUUUUACUGGCCUGCAGGAAAAAGCUCUCCGUAGAAUGCCCCAUUCUACACUUCUGUCUUUGCCUAAGUUGCUCCUUUAAUCUCUAAAUAUAGUUAUAUUUCAUACUUACUUUGUUUCUAAAAAGUUUCUCUUUAGAAGAUUUUAAUCUUUUAUACUCCUUUUCUUUACCCAGUUUUUCCUUUCUGGACAUUCUAUCAAGUACUGGGAUCAGCUCUAGAUAGGAAUAUUUGGCACCCCUGGAACAAGUGCAUCUAACCUGUUCUUGACUGCUAGACUAUGCAGGUGUAAAGGGCAUGGCGUCUAGACAUUAAAAGAUGAAGAUGUCUCCUGUCUUUUCCCAUAGGCAUUCAUGCCUCCGCUCCUUUGCCAAGUUGAUUUCCUUUCAAGGCCUGUCCUUCCAGUUUAGUACGGAGUGGUACAGAGAACCCCACUUGUGUCACUAUUAAAGAUAGCCAAGGAGGACCUACCAGGUGGAAUUGCCCCUUUUCGCAAUGUCUGGGAGAAUCACACCUGUUGCCAGUGCCACCUGGGCAUCCAGCCCCCCAUGGCAGGUGCUGAGGCUGAAACGUAGGAGUUCACAGCCUUAGUAGUCCUUAUGUCGCCUGGGUCGCCUCUCCUGGCUCCUCUCUGUCAUUGGUCCUCUCCUUCCUAACAGAAAUGAGGCAACGAUUUCGAAAACUGCAGGUUCAGUGCAGCUUUGUGCCAGUCCCGUUAACCCCGAACUAGCAAGGCUGCUUCAUUUCCACCACUAGAUUUUAAGAGGUAGCGGAUUACAUCUUAUAUAGAGUUUACUCAUACACUGUGAGGAGGUUAGCCUGACCCUGUCUCUGAAAUCCUUCCCCCUCCUUCCCCUGAGUCUUUAAAUGCCAUUGCGUUGUGCUUGUUCCUCAGUUCCUUCUCAGCCAUUACUUUUCCAGUGGAGACUGCACCGUCGCCAGCCCAGCCUUGGCUUUUAACCCAGUAUUACACUUGGUAGUGUGGGCAAGGAGUUGCUGCCAGGCUGUGGGCACUGGCAGUGGGAAGGGGCAGGUGACCAUAGGUGGCCCCCUGCACUUCUCACUGGCGGGGAGUACCCCACCCCCACAUGUGCCCUGCAGCCAAUGUGCUGUGCUUGAAGCAAGCAGUCACACACAGCGGACAUGGGUGGACUUGAUCGCCAAAGAAAUUUCUGGCCUUUCCCUUUUCUUUUCCCUAACUACAUCAGGGAAGACUCCUUAUCUCUAGCUUGGUUUCUAUGUGAGGGUUUUCUGAAGAAGGGGACUGGGACAAGAUGUCUGUUGUGUAGUUAGGUAGGCAAGAAUCUUAUUAAUCCAGUUUUGUUUGAGAGUUGCUUGUCUAUAUGAUUUUUUUAAAGUCAAGUUUAAUUUCACAACUUUUUUUUUUCCUGAGAUUACGUCUGGGGUAAUAUUUAAAAUGAGAGACAUUUUGUAACCCUGUAAAAUACAUAGGGAAUAUAACAUUCCAGUGUAUACAAAGAAGGCAAAUUCUUUAAUCAAAUAAAGAGUAUUAUAAAAUGA